GACAACUGUCAGAAUUUACAUGUACAACCUCGCAUUUAACGUCCAGAAGCGGUUGUGUACGCCUCGUGGCCGCUGUAUCAAAUGCACGUGUCUUAAAAAAAUCCUCGUGUACCAGUUUUUCGUAAGUAGUGGACGAGUGUUGGGUGCAAAAUGUGAUUAGUGGGGAUUAUAUAUAGGCAGUGUUGUUUUUUUUUCUGGGUGUUUGUUUAUGAACGCUUUUCGCCAUGUCUGAACGAAACGGAGGCUCCACGGUGCCGCGGAGCGACCAAGACGUGGUCGAGCUGCGGAACCUGGCCGGAGACGAAAAACGGACGCGAUUCCAAGUCAACAGAGUGAGAAGCGAAAGCCACAACACGGACAGAGACGGCUCCAUCGGCCACUCCGAAGACGACCACACCGACGACGACGACCUGCACUCGGUCACGGACAGGACCAGACUCAACUCCGAGUAUGCGAAGAGUUUCCGGCACUUAACACGUGAAGCACUACCAAGACUGGAUAAUUACAGAAACAUAAUGUCGCUGCAGGCCGCCAACAGACCCACCCUCGACGAGUUGCAUAACGCCACCUUGCCCAACAAGGCAGGCGCCUCCCUCACCAACCUCAACGGCAAAGCCGACGCCCCCGAGGGCCAGAUCAAGUUCGGCUGGAUCCAGGGCGUCCUCAUGCGGUGCCUCCUCAACAUCUGGGGCGUGAUGCUCUUCCUGCGCCUGUCCUGGGUGGUGGCCCAGGCCGGCGUCGGCGAGGCCGUCCUCCUCAUCCUCACCACCACCGUCGUCACCUCCAUCACCGCCCUGUCCAUGUCGGCCAUCAGCACCAACGGCGUGAUCAAGGGCGGCGGCACCUACUACAUGAUCUCGCGCAGCCUGGGCCCCGAGUUCGGCGGCUCCAUCGGGCUCAUCUUCGCCCUCGCCAACGCCGUGGCCUGCGCCAUGUACGUGGUGGGCUUCUGCGAGAGCUUGGGCUCGCUUUUGGGCACCCACGGGCUGUCCAUCAUCGACGGCGGCGUCCAGGACGUGCGCAUCGUGGGCGCUAUCACCAUCGUGGUGCUCACGAUCAUCGUGGUGGUCGGAAUGGAGUGGGAGGCGAAGGCUCAAGUCGGUCUUCUGGUGAUCCUCCUAAUAGCGAUCGUGGACUUCUUCAUCGGAAGCCUCAUCGGCCCGGACGAAGACGCCAAGUCUAAGGGCUUUGUCGGCUACAACUUAACGAUUUUUCGAGAGAAUUUUUACUCGGACUAUAGGAAGUCGCAGGGGGUUGAGCACAACUUCUUCACAGUGUUUGCGGUGUUCUUCCCGGCGGCGACGGGAAUUCUAGCUGGGGCUAAUAUUUCCGGGGACCUGAAGGACCCGCAGAAGAGCAUCCCCAAAGGGACUCUGCUUGCCAUCGCCGUCACCACGUUGUCGUACAUCCUGAUGGCCUUCGUGUGCGGUUUCACGGUCUUGAGGGACGCCGCAGGCCCUUUGAAUUACACGAUCACCAACCUAACAGAUCUCACCAAUUUGACAGUUCCGGAAGUGGCUAACGUCACUGAAAAUGUUACGAGUUUUGUCAAUAGGACCGAGGUUGUGGAGGCUCUGGAGCCCUUGGUGUACCGAUAUGGGUUACAUAACGACUUUCAAGUGGUUGAGUUGGUGUCAUGGGUCGGACCCAUCAUCUACGCUGGGUGCUUCGCGGCCACCUUAUCCUCAGCACUAGCGUCUCUGGUGUCCGCCCCCAAAGUCUUCCAAGCGCUAUGCAAAGACAAAUUGUACCCAGGAAUCGAGUGGUUCGCCAAAGGGUAUGGAAAAAACAACGAACCCAUCCGUGGGUACAUUCUCACUUUCGUGAUCGCAGUGGCUUUUAUCCUAAUCGGCCAGCUCAACAUAAUUGCCCCUUUGAUAUCUAACUUCUUCCUCGCCGCUUACACCCUGAUCAACUUCUCUACGUUCCACGCUUCUUUAGCCAAACCAGUGGGCUGGAGACCCACCUUCAAGUACUACAACAUGUGGUUGAGCCUCGCCGGCGCCGUCCUCUGCGUCCUCGUCAUGUUCUUGAUCUCCUGGUGGACCGCCCUCAUCACCUUCGCCGCCGUCCUCGCCCUCUACUUAAUCGUGUCGGUGCGCAAGCCCGACGUCAACUGGGGUUCCACCACGCAGGCCCAGAUCUACAAGAACGCCCUCCAAGCCGCCCACCAGCUCAACAACGUGGAAGAGCACGUGAAGAACUACAGGCCCCAGAUCUUGGUACUAUCGGGCAUGCCGAGCGCGCGCCCGGCCCUGGUGGACUUCGCCCACUUGAUCACCAAGAACCAGUCGAUGCUGGUGUGCGGGCACAUCAACACGAGCCGGCUCCACCAGCGCGUGCGCAACGUCCUGAACUACAAAGCCAACAACUGGUUGAGGGCGCACAAACUCCGGGCGUUCUACAUGCAGGUGGACGGGCAAAACUUCGAAGAGGGGUGUACGUCGUUGUUGAAGGCGUGCGGGAUCGGGAAGUUGCGGCCGAAUAUUCUGCUCAUGGGGCACAAGUCGGAUUGGCAGAAGUGCUCGAAGGACGACUUGGACGAGUACUUUGGAGUGCUACACAAGGCGUUCGACCUGCAUCUGAGUGUUGGGAUUCUGAGGCUGCAGGAGGGGCUGGAUUUGAGUCAGCACGAAACCGCCUCCAAGACUAAGAAUAGUACGGAGUCGCUGCCCCGGAACCAGUCGUACAGCCAAAUGUCGCAAGCCAGCAGUGCGAGCGACAUCUCGGUCCCCAACACGCCCAUUUCCCGGAACCGGGAAGUGGUCAACGUGUGUCCAAACGCCGACGACUCCACCAAGAAGGCCAAAUCAAUCGGAGGCUCCGUGAGCGAAAUCGGAGUGGACGAGCUCGUGGACAUCCCUAGGGAGAGAAUGAGCCAGAUGUUCCUAUUCCAGAAGAAACAAAAGCGCGGCGUUAUCGACGUAUGGUGGCUGUACGACGACGGCGGUCUAACCCUCCUUCUCCCCUACAUCAUCAGUACCAGACGAAAUUGGAACAACUGCAAACUGCGAGUCUUCGCUUUGGCCAACAAGAGGGACGAACUCGAGCUGGAGCAGCGCAACAUGGCCAGCUUGUUAGCCAAAUUCAGGAUCGAUUAUUCCGACUUGCAGGUGGUGUCGGACUUCACGAACAAACCCAGCGACACGACUUUGCAGUUCUUCGACCAUCUCAUAGCCGACUUCCGGAAGCCCGAGAAUCGGAACGAUCCGGAUUCAGUUCAAGUGACCGAUGCGGAGCUUCUCGCUGUCAAAGACAAGACUCACCGCCAUCUGCGCCUGCGCGAGCUUUUGUACGAGCACUCGAUCGACGCCAACAUGAUCGUGAUGACGCUGCCCAUCCCGAGGAAGAGCAUCGUUUCCGCCCCACUUUACUUAGCUUGGUUGGAAGUCCUGACCAGGGAUAUGCCCCCGAUGUUGUUAGUCAGGGGGAACCAAACGUCCGUCCUUACGUUUUACUCUUAAUUCUGGUGGUAUUUUAUUUAUGAACAAUCUCAUGUUUGGAUAAUACUCGCAGAAGACUCGGAAAUGUAUUGUAGUUGAUACGAGCUUAGGUUUGUAUGUUGGUGCAAGUAGGAACUAAUGUAGUAUUUUUAUACACUUGACAAUCAAUGAGUAUUAUAUUUUUUAAUUUCGCUGUUUGGAAAAGUAUUAUAGUACCUAGUAGAGUAAGUUUAUUUAAUCUGUAUGAGUCAAUUAGCACAAUAAAAUUGUCUACAUUUUUUA